CACAGUUUUGCCUCACUAGUGACAUGUAGUUGUCCUACUAGUAUGCCAAAUUUGUCUUGCUAGUGAGGACAGAGCAGACUUCUACAGUACAGUGGAUAUAAAAAGCCUACUUUAAAUGUAGAACAGCUGAACUUUAUUAGGGCUUAAUCAGAGACCCCUUAAAUGGUGGCAGGUGUGUGCUGACUCCGGUUUACCAUAAACUUGACUAUGAUUGGUUAAUUCUGGACUCAUUCACGUCCCAAGUCACAAGAGAGUGUGCACACAAAUCAGUUGUUUAUUUUGACUUACACUCUCACAGUGCUUUUUUUUAAAAAUUAUUAUUAUUUUUUUUAAAUUCACUUGAGUUGUAGGGGUUAAAGGUCACAUUCACGCUGGGUCUCAUUAUAUAUAUAUAUAUAUGACAAGAACCUGGCAUUCGUACAGGGGUGUGUAGACUUUUGAUACCCGCUGUCGAUGGACCAGUGAGUAUAUAAUGAGUCCAAAGACUUUCAACCGAAGAACGAAAGUGCUCGGUAAACUUUGAGUCGCGCCACAACACAUCCGGACUGCGUGUGACGUCAUCAGGUCUGUCCCACGUUCCCUUGGGUUAAUUGGUCUGGCGGCGGGCACGUGACCGCGCUCACUCAAGUUGCUCCCGCUUUUUGCGCCCCGUCAGCAACUCUGCUGCGCUUCUUUCAAUUGACGACCGAUUGGACCGAACGCACAGAGUGAGUCCGAAGAAGAAAACAAUAUUCAUAAUUAUGGAUUCCGCGGAGGGGAGGAUCGCGGUGUGGGUGUGCGCCGAGGAGAAGCUCGUCCUGGGCUUGUCCAAACGCACGACCUGCGCCGAUGUGGUCAAAGCGCUCCUCGAGGACCUCGACGACCCCGAGCAUCAGCGCUACUGCAUCGCGGAGACGUGGAGGGGCCACCGGAGGAUUCUGCCCGACCGGACCAGGAUUUGGCGUCUUUGGGUGGCGUGGGGAGACGAGCGGGACCGGGUGAGGUUCGCGCUGGUGGGCCGCAACGGCGGCGGCGGCGCGGCGUCUCCUCGGAGCGCGGAGGCGCGCGUGGUGCUGCUCGCCAAAGCGACCCUCGUGUGCAAAUGCGCUCCGGGCUCUUCCUUGACGGAGGUCCCGCUCGACCAGCGGAGUCGGGUCGUCAGCAGAGCCUUCAGAAAGUUGGAGAAGAGCCAGAACAAACGCGCGGACGACUUGCAGACUUUGGCGCGCCUUGUGGUCUCCCAGGAGCGCACCAUCCGUCUGCAGGCUCUCAGGAUUCAGCAGCUGGAUGCUGAGAUUGAAAGGCGCGAGGCCAAAGUGCAUUUGGACCGGACCCGAGGCCGCGGCCUCGAUUACGUGCAGGACUCUUACUUAAUGGAGGAGGAGGCCGCGGCAGAGGCUUGCCCUUUGCAAGGCUUCCUCCGCCCGUCUGAUGGCCUGUGUCAGGAGGCGCUCGCGGGCAUGUCGAGCGCGCAGAUGGAGGAGGAGCUCAAGCGGCGGCGGACGCAGAGGAGGAGAGAAGAGGAGCAGCCCUCGUCAUCGUUGGUCCCAGGAGGAGAGCAGAUGUUUUUGGAGGAGAGGCUGAGGAGAUUGCUGGGCGCGACGUCGUGCGCGGGCCUGCGCCUCCGCUCGGAUUUGGAGGCUAUUAGGGGCGAUUUGGAGCUGAGCCGGCAGAUUUGCGGCAGCCGAGAGGAGGAGAUGAGGGAUUUGCUGGAGAAAAUCAACUCGUUGGGUUCCGACGACGGGGCGGGGGACGCCGGGGGGGGGAGGAGGAGGAGCGAGUGGGUGGAGCAAGCCAGGGGUUUGUCCAAAUGGCACAGAGGCAACGACGACGACUCAGACACGGGUUUAAGCUCCCUGCACAGCCAGGAGUCUGAGAGUAUCACUGUGUGCCAGUCUCUGGUAUAGAACUGGACCUGCCUGGACCACAUCUCUACCUGGCCCAUCUCUCUGACCCCAGAACUGAGCCACCCUGACUCUAGAAGUGGUCCAGGUUUCAGACACUAGAGCUACACCAGUCAGGACCACAUUUUUUAUUUUUUAUUUUUAUUUUCUUUACUGAAGACUGUCUAAACCACGUCUCUUACUCUAGAACUGGAUCAGUCUGGCCCUUGUCUCUGACUUGAGAACCAGACCAGUCUGAGCCAUAUCUCGGACACUAAAACUGGAUCUACUUAGGUAAUGUCUCUGACUCUAGACCUGGACCACUUUGGACAAUGUCUCCGACUGUGGUAUUGAACCAGUCAGGACUCUACAACCGAGCCACCUCGGUCCAUGUGCCUGACUGUAGAACGAUAACCAGACCGGACCACAUUUCCUACUGUAGAACUGAACCAUUUUGGCCCUUGUGUCUGACUUUAGAACUACAUGAGUCUUGGCCAUGUCUAUGAUUCUAAAACUGGACCUGUUUGGAAAUAUCUAGGACUCUAGACCUGGGCCACUUUGGACCUUGUCUCUGACUCCAGAAUUAGACCUAUCAGGACCAUGUACAGUAUCUGACAUGUCUCUGACUCUAGAAGUGAACCAGUCUGGUCAAUAUAUCUAACUCUGGAACUAGACCAAUCUGGACCAUGUUUCUUAGCCACCCUGUCCUGAGUCUCUGACUCUAGACCUGGACCAAUCAGGACCAUGUUUCUUACUCUAGAACUCCACCGGUCUGAAACACGUCUGGACUCUAGAACUAGACAAGUCUGGACUCGGUCUCUGACUCUAGGACUAAACCACUCUGUAUUAUGGCCAUGAUUCUAGAUUUGGACCAUGGCUUAGAAAGUGGACCAGUCUGGACCAUCUCCCUGACUCUGGAACUGGCUCAGUCUGGCCCGUGUCUCUGAUUCCAGAAGUGAAAUAGUCUGGUCCCUUUGUCUAACUCUAGAACUAGACCAGUCUGGACCAAGUUUAUUACUCUACAACUGAACUGGAUGUCUUUGACUCUAGACUUGGACCAUGUCUCUGAGUCUAGCUGUAGAACCGGACCAGUUUCUGGGUUUAAAUCACCAAACUUCAAGAUCGUGACACUGUAUUUUUUCACAACUGUGAAAAACUAUUUACAAUUCAACAAAACUGCUUCGUUAACAACAUUAAUACUCUACCGAAAUGUAUUUUUAAAACUAGAUAAAACCUGAUUUCUUUCUUGUUUUUUGCACCCUCAGGUCGGGUGAAUACGGAUGUCACUUUUUUAGACAUACUGUCGGUCGACCUUUUACAAGCAUUGGACUGGUUCAGACAAAACAUUUGGGGUGGGUUGUAACGUGACGCUCGUCUUUGACCGCAACCGAGACAAAACAGAGACGCACACUCUGCAAUCUACUUGACUCGUAAUCUUAACACGGUCAUCCUUCGACUGAGAAGGAAAAAAGAUUACUGCAGAUCUUAAAGGCCUCAUAGUUGGCUACACAGGAAAAAAAAAAAAACAUGAACCAAAAUACACUCACCAAAAAAACUCUCACAUGUCACCAAAAAUCUCUCACACGUAACAAAAAACUCUCAUUCACAUAAAAACUCAUACUCACCAAAAGCAAAUGAAAAAACUCAGGUACAAAAACUUCCCACGCACACCAAAAAGAAAAAAAAGAAAAAAUGAACCAAAAUACACUCACCAAAAAAACUCUCACAUAUCACCAAAAAUCUCUCACACAUAACAAAAAACUCUCAUUCACAUAAAAACUCAUACUCACCAAAAGCAAAUGAAAAAACUCUUAGGUACCAAAAACUUCCCACGCACACCAAAAAAAAAAAAAAAAAAAACACCUCAAAAGCUCACCACACCAAAGAAAUUGACUCACAGGAAAAAAAACUCACACAAACCAAAAAUCAUACACAAAAAAAAUUAAACACACACCAAAAAACACAGACACAAACACCAACAAAAAUUUUUUUGGAGGGCGGUCUUUUCUGCUCCUCAUAGAUGUCACCCGUGUGAUUUCCUUCGCGGGAGAGCACACGCGCGCACACACACAGAAGGAUGGCGUCAUCUCAAAGCGAGAAGUACUGCGUUACCGUCGUCUGUCUCACUUCUCACCUGAAAGUCAUUGUCAGUCCCGAGGAGCAUCAAGCAAGUUGACCUUAAAGUGUAGAGUGUAAAAAAUGCAAACAAAUGGAAAGAAAAGGGAGAAAAUGAGAACAUUCCAGGCCUUUUGUGUGCGUGUGUGUGUGUGUGUGUGUGUGCUGGCUUUUUCCCACAAGACUGAAAGGAAUCGCACGAAUGUCAAGUUCUGAUUACAUGAAGAGUCCCAAGACGUUUGAGGCCACUUCAAGCACAUUCAGGAAUCUGGAGUGCUGCUCUUGUCGGAGCCGAUCGAACCCUUGCACGUAGACAAAGUGGGAGAAGUUGCAAUAUGCCUCAAUGGAGGCACACUUUGUCAUUGCCUUUUGUGUUAUUUUAAAUGUAUUUUAACAGCGACAAAACUCACACACCAAAGUAACUCGCACCGAACACAACUCUCAAUUUGAAGUUACUUCCAACCAAAUAAAAUGUUUUACAACUCUGUUGUGUGUAAUAAUUUAGAACCACGUCUUUUUUUAAAAAAGAAAAAUGAAGAUGAAGUCACAUUUAUGCUUGCUGUCAUUUGCAUCGUGUAUGUAGGAAUAUCUGCGAAAAAUAUAAUUUGCAUAAUCAUUUGCACCACAGUGUGUGUCUGCAUAAUGCUCCCCCCUGGUGGCCAAGGUGCACACACCAGAUGGAGCACAAUAUCAAUCGGCACUGAAGCAUAAAAUCACGAUGCGCAAACCGUUUAAUUCUUUGCAUUAGAUUUGAUGACAUAAAUACUGUAUCUGUACAGUGCUAUUUUUCUUAUUUAAAAAAAAAAAGUUUGUGUUUUUUUUUUUUUGUAGGGCUGGAACGGAUUCAUGGCGUUUCCAUUCAUUUCAAUAGGGAAAGAUGAUUUGAGAAAGUCGAGGG